AUGGAAUGGAUAAACCAUAUGAAUCCUCCAACCUCAUCAUGUUCUCGAGCAGUUCCGUCCACAAGUGCAUCACGAAUGUUGGCGUCUUACGAGAUAUCAGAUGAUCUAAACAGGUUGCAUGUUCAGGUAACACUUUGGUUUUUGUUUGUAAAUUCAGGUGUAAAGUGCUGAUUCUGUUUCAAGUUUAAAAUUACUAUUUUUUGUUUAAAAAUGGUGUUUUUGUUUAUUUUAGGUAACAAAUUGAUAAUCUAUUGUUAAAUAAUGUAAAAUACGGGUUUGUGUAACUAGUUUAUGUGAGGAGGUAUCUAAAUAGAUAUUCUAAGUUUUUUCUUUUACCAAAACAUGUUGUUUUAAUAAGCUACUCUUUCAAACGAAUCGAAUAUUGUGAUGUUUUUCUCCGAAUCAAGUCUUUUAAUCAAAAUAUUCCAAAAGUUUGACUGUUGUUUAUAGAGAUUUCAACAUCACCGCUCUUUGCAUAUGUUUAUACCAUCACAUUAUAGGCAUUGGAAAGAAAAUAUGGAGGCAAGUUGAGGGCCCAUUCAGCCGCCACCAAGAUCCAGCGGGCCUUUCGUCUAUAUCGUUUGCAUAAACAAUUUCGAUCAGUGGUGACAAGGGAAUCCAACUUACCGUCGGAGUUUUCGCCUCGAUCACUGGAGACAACCGAGUGCUUUUAUUCAAAGAGUAAUGGUUUUUCAUUACUCAAGAACUCUGGGACUGCUUCACAGCCUGUCUUGAAGUAAGUUGGUUUCUUUUGAUUAGUUUUGGUUGGUUUAGGGUUGAUUCGGAAUUGGAAUGGUUGUAAAGCAUGAGUUUGUAGCUUUGGAUACAUAUUUUUAAGUUUUAGUGUUUAUCUGGUUGUAAACGACUCUUGUCAAUGUUUUAAAAAUUAUUUGCCAAACUAAUAUUUUGAAAUGAUAAAAUAAAGCAACUUCUUCAGAUACCAAGCCGCCAACUCACUGCGAGCCCAGCUGUUCGUCGAACGUUCCGCCUUGUCUCCCCGAAAGAAUUCGACCCCUCUGGCGAACGAUAUGCCCUACAAUCAUCAUCACAGCGCGUCGGCUCAAAAGGCCUCGUCGCAGCGCGGGUUUGCCGAUUUAAUGUCGCCGCGGCUGAGCCAGCGACACGCAUUCGGGUCGCCAUACGAGAGCCAUGUUUAUUCAAAUUCAAUGUCGCCAUCUGUUUGGAUACCGCAACGAGGGAAACCGACCGAUUUCAGGAGUCCGUCGCCUUCGAAUCGAGUGGCAGAUGCACCGUUUGCGACGAGCGACGGUCACUUUAAUCAGACCAACAGCUUAUCGCGGCUCGAAAUUGGCAGAAAGUACAAGUCGAGUCAGGAGUGUCGACCGGGGUAGGUGUUUUUGAAUUUCUUAGGUAGGGCUGGUUAAAGAAAUCGCAUGAUUUGUGCUUGAUUUAGGCUGUGAACUAUUAAAUUUUUGAAUUUUUUUUAAAAAGUAAAUUUUUAAACUUAAAAAAUGAAUUUGUCUGAACAAAGAAAUUAAGUUCAAUUAUUUGAAAGUGCAGUUGAAGAGUGCGAAAUGCUGUUUACAUUAUGCAAAUUUUGAAUAAUAACAUUUGUGUGGGUCGAAACAGCACUCGAAGGCCGAGAUCUGGAGCUUUCGGCGCUUAUUAAGUGAGUGCGCGGCUCGCUUCUUCGAUCCUCGAGGCCGGUUGGCCUUUUCCGGUGGCCGAACAGGCCUGGUUUAUAGUGGCAAGUGUUUUGAGGAGCGGUCAGAAAGUAAAUAGAAAGCUGAAAAUAUUAUGUGGGGUUGUAUGAGGAGGGAGGGCUAUUUUUUGGUAAGUAGGUCUAUAUACUUUUAGUUAUAGUUUAAGGCUUUAGUAUAGCUAUACCUAGAAAUAAACGCAAUUUUUGAUAUUAUUGCUGUUUUGAUUAAUAGAUCAGUCAAAGAAGUUGACCCUCUGAUCGCCGUGUUAUGUUGUGAUCGGCAUGUUAUGCUCUUCUUCGUUUUAUCUCCAUGUCAUUUGGCGGUAGCCGGUCGAAACCCGGUUUUGCGAAAUUUUCAGCGGUUUUUAUCAUUGCGUAUAAACAAUUCGGGAUGCGUCUGGGAGUUUCGCAAGGAUGAUGGUUCAGAUGUUUUUGAUUGAAACUCAUUUAAGGGCUAUGUUAAUAUAGAAGUAUUGAGUAAAAUAGUUUAAAAGGGUCUUUUGGGUGAUAAUAUUGAGGUUCGAUUGUCAAGACUUGUGAUUUUAGCUUGGUCUUUUAAUAAAAUAGUCAACUCUAGGGUAGCGGUUUUGUACAGGUACUUUUGGGGUAGACUUUGCUUGAAAAUGCGGUUAGUUUUGACUUAAAAUGACCUUUCCGGAGCUUUAUUUUUAUUUUUUACAAACUGAAAAGAAGUCAAUUUUAAUUCGCUAAAUUAUUUUUAAUGUUUAGCAAGUUUAUCUCCAAGUUUCCCGAUCCGUUUUAAAGUAAAACAGUCUAUUUUUAAGCAAAACCAAGUUUGUCAUGCUGAUCUCGAGUUUAAAGUGCGUGUUUGGAAGCCUAUUCAGAUCAUAAUUGUUGUUUUUUGAUCGCACAUUAUCUUAAUAUGAUUCGAAAACAGUUGGAUACGCUUCUCAAACACACUUUGUUUUGUUUUGUCUGAUUACAAUUGAUUACAUUUGGUAUUGUUAAAUGUUUUUUUUUGUUUUGAAUCAGUUUUUUGUCAACAUUUCAAUGGUUUUUCAUGGCGGACUCGGUUGAAAAUGUAAUUAUUUGUUUGUUUUAGCUGUUUUGUAAGCCUGAUUCUUUCAAACUUUAUAAGUUGCGUUUUCAUUUUGAGGGUUUUUUGGGCGUUCUGGCCGUUUUUCAUGAUUUUUAACGUAAUAAAGUUGGGUAAAGUUAGUGGAGAGAUUGAGAUAUUAUUUUUUUUCAUAUUUUAUUGAUAUCUUAAAUUUUUAAUUUGGAUUACAGCUUUGUUAAAAUGUGAAAAUUUUCAAAAAUGAAAUUUUAGGUAACAUUUUUUUCAAUUUUAAAAUAUUAAGUUUAGGUAAUAUUUCUUAUGUUUUUAUGGCUAUUUGAAAAAUAAUGUACAUUUUUGUUUCAGAAUGCCUAUAAAUGGAGACCUAACUCAAUUCCAAGCUACUAGAACCACUUGCUCACAUAACACAACUCAAUCAACUACAACAUCAGAAGGCUGCACGAUGCGACUAUCCAAAGACAAUGACAUUUAUCGGCGACGACUAUAUCGAAUAGCCCUGAACUUCUUCAACAAGAAACCAGACCGAGGGAUUCAACUACUGGUCGAGUGGGGCUUCGUCGACGAAAACCCAAAAGCCAUUGCCAAGCUGUUCUUGAGUCGACGAGGCCUAGGAAAACAAAUGAUCGGCGAGUUUCUGGGCACACUGAGGUCAGCGUUCCACUCACAGAUCCUGGAUGAAGUGCUGGCACAGAUAUCCAUGCACAAUGUUGAGGUAGACAUGGCGCUCCGCGAAAUGCUACACUACUUUCGGCUACCGACUGAAGCGCAGAAAAUUGAUUACGUAAUGCAGGUAAGAAGACCGGUUAUGACACGUAGGUGCGGGAGAAGCUUAGUCUACCGUCAAAUCAGUUUUAAACUAUAUGUUUGGCUUUGACGUAAGGGAUUAUAAUAUGUAUUAGGGUUAGGGUUUGUAUUCAAUGGGAAAGAUUAAGAAAAAUGAAAAAUGAGAAAAGUUUUAAAAUUUUAUUGUGGUAAAAGGCAUUGAAUAAGCAUAUAAUGGUGUAUAUGAUUGUUUUUAGGUAUAAAAUUUGAAGUUUCACGAACUUACUAGGUCGUUCAAAUCAAUCUGCGCCUUUUAGUUUUGAAAUUUUGUUUUGAGAAGGGCACAUAAUUAUUUAAAUAACUUAAUUCUUUAAGAAAAUGAGUUUAAGAAAAUGAGUUAUGAAGUCUAGUUUUAAGGGAUUUUACAUUGUAAUUGAAACAAUAAACACACUGUAUAAAAAAAAUUUUUUUAGGCAUUUGCCCGACGUUACAAACAAUGCAACGCAGCCCGACUACCACCUCAAAUUACGACAGAUGCCAUUUACAUACUGGCGUUUGCAACAAUAAUGUUGAACACCGACCUUCACUCACCAUCGAUGAAAGAAAGCAAGAAAAUGAGAGUGGAAGAGUUCGUCAGAAACACCUGGAGGGCGAGCCAGUCUUUUGAAAAGUAAGGACUAUUUUUCUAUAUAUAUAUAAUACAGUGAAACCUAUAGUUUGGCACUCUUCUUAUAAGGACAGUUUUUUGAGUGUUCUUUGUAGUAAAACUUCAUUCAAAAAGUGCCUGGAUAGUAUGACACUUUUGUUAGAAUAGACAUGACAAUAAUGUUAUCAUUUUCAGAGAAAGCCUGAUUGGAAUCUACGACAGAGUGAAAGAAAACGAGAUACGAUCAGGCAGCGAUCACGUCUCCCAAGUACUGAAAGUUGACCAAAGUAUUGUCGGCAAAGACAAGCCUCUACUUGUAGAACAACACCGACGUCUGAUCUGUUACUGUAGACUAAACCAAAUCAUCGAUCCAGCUAAGAAACAGUCGAUCACAGCACAUCAACGAGAGAUCUUCCUCUUCAAUGACAUAAUGUUAAUAACGAAGAAUGUGAGCAAAAAGAAAGCACCAGCACAGUACGUACUGAAGUCAUGGAGCCCUUUGAUUGGAGUCAAUAUUCAUGAGUUUGACAACGCAAAUUAUACGUUUGGACUGAAGAUUUUGUUCCCAGGGGCACAGCAUUUGUAUUUUAAUGCCAAGAAUGGGGAUGACAGGUAGGAAAUUGAUUUUUUCUUGGAAUUUGGAUAACGUUUUAGGUAACAAAUUUAAAAAUCUUGAAUUUUUGGUUUCUUGUUUAAAGUAAAUUUUAAGGUUAAGUUAGUUAUUUUGAGCUUUCAAUAAUCAUUUUUUCAAAUUAAAAUUUGAUUUAAAAAUUUUUGUAGACACAAAUUCAUGGCCGAUGUAAAAGAAUCAGUAGCAGAAUCUACCGAAAUGGAGCAGAUGCGCUUGAAGUUCGAAUUGGACAAACAACGAGAAAUGGAUCAACGGAAUGUCUCCAGAAUCCAUCGAACUGACAGUCAAAGAGACUCAGGUCUACCAGACCUUGAUCAAGGUUCUCCACUCAUGAGUCGGAAGUCAGAUUCUUCUUUUCAAACUCCAGGCUUCUCAUCAACCUCAUCUACAGAAUACAGCACUCCACAGAGAAUGACUAAAACUCCAACGUACUCAGCCUUCAGUAAUGGUACUCCUCAACGAACUACUCAUCAUCAGUCACCCGUAACUGGGCCAGUAGCUCCAAACGGAAGAAGAUUGAGCUUUAACUCGCUGGAUUCUGGAAUGGUCGAAGAAUCUAACGAAUUUUCAAUGUGA